AUGUAUUACCUAAAAUUAUUCCUGAAAUUAUUGUUGCUUCUCUUUUUAAGCUACGAUUUCAUCAUUUUGAAGAGCGGGACUAGCAGAGUUGUGCAUGGGGACAGAAACUUUUUAAAAGAAAGUUACGAAUUUUUAUUCUCUCACUAUGUGUUAAGUAGGAUAAAAAAGUAUUUCGAUUUAUUAAACCAUGGGGAGGACACGGAAAUAUAUUUUGAGGACGACAGUUACCAAGCAGACAACAAUAGCACAGGUGAUGAAAAGUAUGUCAUAUUUUUGCGGAACAUCAAGGCGGCUUUAAUUUACCGACUUAUAUGCCGUUUUGUCCUUUUUAUUUACGUCCUGAUUGCAGCAAGUUUGAUAUUCCCGCAUUAUUUGAAGCCGUACAUACCACCCAUUCUGCUAAACAAUCGGAGGUUCAAUGAAGUGUUUGAAAAUAUGCAACAAAAAAAACUCAUGGUACUUGGCAUCAUGAUAUUUUCUUACAACAUCAUAUAUGGGAUGUUGUGCAACACAAGUGUGAUACAUGUGUACCAAAACAGGAAUUUGAUUUACGACGAUUAUUACGCCGAUCAUCUGUUUGCGCAGCGCCUCCGCGAGAAUAUGACUCAUGUGCCUGGGUAA